AUGCCAAAAAAUAAACGUAUACACUUAUUCAAAACCACGACUAGCAAUAAAAAUGACGAUUCUAUCUCCAACACCAUUAACAAAAAACUCACAACCGAUAAAGUAAUUCAUCCCUCCUCAAGAAAAGCUAUACAGUUGCAACGAGCUUUACUUCGUGUUGAGCGGCUACAAAAAACUAAGGCGCGAAAUAACAAUAAGAAUUAUACUGUUAAUAGAGUCUUGUGGUUUAGAGAUGUUUUAAUUGAAAGAGAAUCGGCAACAUUACCACCAUCGUCCAUUGAGUGUUUUACUAAAUCUGAAAUAUACGAACUCAUUGAAAAAUCCACUAGAGAAGAGAUGUUGCUUGCUAUUAAAGAAAAAGAAAGAAAAGAGUUUAAGGAUGGAAUUG